AUGGCCGUGCGGGCCGGCAAUAUCAUGGCAGCUAGAGCUGUUGCCGAUGCUAUAAGGACGAUUCAAACUGGGAAAGGCGAAACCAUAAUUACGAACGAUGGAAACACCAUGUUAAAAGACAUGGCUGUUAUGCACCCAGCUGCAAAAAUGUUGGUGGACCUUAGUGCUGCGCAGGAUGUGGAAGCUGGCGAUGGAACUACGUCUGUCGUUGUUAUUGCAGGAAGCUUAUUGGGAGCCGCGGAUCGAUUGUUGGCGAAAGGAAUACACCCAACUACUAUUUCGGAAUCUUUCCAGAGAGCCGCCGCCGCCGCAGUUCAGAUUCUUCACGACAUGUCCCAGCCUAUUUCCCUUUCAGAUCGAGCAACACUUCUUCAAGCCGCUUCAACGUCGUUGUCCUCGAAAAUCGUCUCCCAAUAUUCAAACCUGCUCGGGCCCAUCGCCGUUGACUCCGUGCUAAAAACUAUAGAUCCUAAAACAGCUGACAACGUUGACCUUCGAAAUAUCCGUAUAGUGAAGAAAGUUGGAGGCACAAUUGAAGACAGCGAAAUGGUAGAUGGUCUGAUCCUGAAUCAAGGGGUCCUGAAAAGCGCUGGCGGCCCCGUCAGAGUUGAGAAGGCUCGAAUUGCAUUAAUUCAAUUUCAACUAAGCCCUCCUAAACCAGAUAUGGACAAGAUCAUUAAGGAAGAGCGCAUGUAUCUUCUAAACAUGGUGAAGAAGAUUGCCAAAACCAAGUGCAAUGUGCUCUUGAUCCAAAAAUCCAUCCUCCGCGAUGCCGUUAACGACAUCUCUCUCUACUUCCUCUCCCGCGUAAAGAUCAUGGCUGUAAAGGACAUUGAACGUGAUGAAGUAGAAUUUCUCUGCAAAAGUUUAGGCUGCAAACCCAUUGCCAACAUCGACUCAUUUACGGAAGACAAACUCGGAACCGCAGACUUAAUCGAGGAGGUUCAAUCUGCAGGAUCCCGCUACACCAAGGUGACUGGCAUCAAAUCAGCAGCUGCAAACCAGACAGUUUCAAUUGUGGCCCGCGGUGCAAAUAGCCUAGUCCUCGACGAAGUGGAGCGAUCCCUCCACGAUGCCCUCUGUGUGAUCCGAUGCCUCGUUAAAAAAAGCGCCCUCAUUGCCGGCGGCGGUGCACCGGAGAUCGAAGUCUCACAAGCCUUAGCGAAACAAUCUCGGGCUCUCACAGGCACGGAAGCGAUAUGCUGGAAAGCUUUCGCCGAUGCAAUGGAGGUUAUCCCUACAACUCUCGCAGAGAAUGCCGGAUUGAAUGGCAUAAAGGUCGUUACCGACCUCCGUCACCGACACGCCAUGGGAGAGAAGAAUGCCGGAGUGAGCAUCCGAAGUGGAGGGGUUAAGGACAAUAUUGCGGACGAGAAGGUGCUGCAGCCGCUGCUCGUGAGCACGAGUGCGAUCGAGCUUGCAGCUGAAACAGUGAAGCUGAUCCUACGAAUUGACGAUAUUGCGCUCUCUAGGUAA